CUCAAAGAAAUGUCAUUGGCGCUCGGACCUCAAGUUUCUUCUGUAAAUCUCACUGAAAACAAAUACAUAGCCCCACAGGACAAGGAACAAGAAAAUUGCACAGGUUUACAUACAGAGUCUGAAGGUGUCCAAACAGUAAACAAUGUAUCAGCGGCCAGCAAGCCAUCACAUCCACCAAAGCUAACACCAAAGAUUGAGCAAGAUCAUAAUGAUAGUUGCUCAACAAAUCGUGAUACAGCGGCACAGUAUCCCUCGCUGCAUUUCUUAGCAGCUCAAGGUGAAGUGGCCAAAAUUAAGGAAGAGAUAGAUAAAGGUGCUAAUAUCAAUGCAGUUGAUAAGACUGGUCUGACUCCAUUAGCUUGGGCAGCAGCACACAGACAAAAAGCUACCGUCAGCUUGUUGUUACAGAAUGGUGCAGAUGCAACAAUAUGCAGUCCAAAUGGAGAAAGUGCACUUGCCUUUGGUACUUGUCAGGGUCAACUAGACAUUGUAGAACAACUACUAGAAUAUGGUGCUAACCCUAAUGUAACAACUAUGGAUGGUGGAUCGCCCUUGAUGUUUGCUGCUUACAAUGGUUAUCCACAGAUGGUCAAAGUACUCUUGGAGCAUGGUGCAGACCUGACAGCAACUAAUAAUGAGGGCCAUACUGCAUUCAGUCUUGCUGUUGGCAUGGGAAACAAAAAUGUUCAACGUGUCAUAGAUGACUAUCUAAGGACGAUCCUAGAAAAACCCAAAAACCAUAACAAGACCAAGUCAGAAAGUUGACUGAUGUUCCAAACAUUGUACAAAGUCCUACGACAAGAUGUUAAACAAGUCUUCCUUUCCGCUUAUCCUCUCUGUAGAUACCAAAACGGCUCAGUCCAGGGGCGGAUACAGGAGGGGUGGAUUUCUGUUGAGCUUGGAUGAUAAGGUAAUAAUUUCCCCACCCCCUUAUCAUGGUCCUGUAUCCACCCCCUGGAGAUUGUGAGCUGAUUCACGAGUGGUUUGAUGUACAGUAUUAGAUCGAACUAUAAUAAAAUCUAUUUUAUUUCUUGA